GGUUUGAGUAGUCCCACUGUUGUUCCUGUCGUGAUAUUUCUGGACACUGAGAUACAAGGUAAUGUGAAGCAGUAACAACUCAUAGAUUACAAGGAAAAGCUACUUGAAGUACUUAAAUGAAAAUAUAACAAGAGAGCUGAAUGAGCAGUGGAUAAGGAAUGAAUAAACCGGCACUUGUGCCAAGAUGAAGAUCGACAGAACUAAAUUAAAGAAAAGCAGUUCAGAAGUUCCUGGGGAUUGUGGUUGGUUAAUAGAAAAAUUACAAAACUGUAGCAAUGCGGAACUUCUACCAGUUCUGCGAAGUGUGGAAUCCUGGAGCUACGGGAAAUGUGAAUUGUAUCACUGGAUUGAUGUGCUUGACAGAUUUGAUACGAUAUUAGAGCAGGCAGCAGAGAAAGAUGAAGACAAAUGGGUGUUGCCCUGCGACCUACAGGAAAAUGGCCAUGUUGAGGAGCUGGUGGAAUGGGUGCUACACUUCACAACACUGCUGGUGGAGCAUUCCUUCUCUCGGCAUCUUUACUCCUCUGUGGAGCACCUCAUUACCCUUUUGUCGUCCACCUCCAUGACAAUUGUCUUGGCUGUUCUCAACUUACUGUACAUGUUCAGUAAAAGGUCAAAUUUUAUUACACGGCUGGCAAUAGCACCACGUCAAGCACUCUUAUUGCGCCUCAUAAACCUAGCAGAGCCGUGGGGUGGCAAGGACAAUGGCUUUGGCCUUGCACAAUGUUGCCAGAAUCUUCCAUUAUCUGCUUUUCCAGAAAAUGCUACUACACUCCAUUAUGAGUUUUAUGGUGAGCAUCAGCAACAACAGCAGCCGCAGCCGCAGCCUGGAGAAGGAGCAAGUAGUAGUGGCAGCAGCAACACCAAUAGAAGCAACAGCUCUAUAAUUACGAUUCACAUAGAUAACAUGCAGAAUAUCAACAAGUCGCCAGCACAGGUUAUGGAGGAGCUUUUGCAGGUGUACAAAGUGCCUAUUGAGAAACAGAUGGUUCUGUUUACUCAUAUCAGAUUAGCCCAUAGUUUUGGGUCAUUUGAAACCCGACUGCAGUGUGUCCAAGCCAGACUACAGGCUCUGUCUGUACUAGUGUAUUGCAAUGCACUGCAGGAUAAUGCCAAUACAGUUCUGUAUUCUGGGCUUCUUGAUGAGUUUGUAGAGGUGCUGGAGUUGAAUGACACUAAACUCACGGAGAUCAAGGCUGCCACUCUUCGUACCCUCACAUCGAUAAUACACCUGGACCGUAUGCCCAGUUUCCCAAAGUUGAACACUAUUAUAGAUGUAACUGGUGCCUCAUCCUACCAUGGGUUCCUGCCUGUACUGGUCAGAUCAUGUAUUGCCAAUUUGACAGCCACGUCCCCUCUGGUGCCUAAUCCUUUCCCUGCACCGCUCGCCACUGCUCUCUUCUCGUUCCUGUACCACCUUGCCAGUUAUGAAGCAGGAGGGGAGGCCCUUGUGUCGUGUGGCAUGAUGGAGUCCCUCAUCUCUGUUGUCAACUGGAAGGGCACCGAACCAGAUCACAUCACGUUUGUGACCAGAGCAGUGAGAGUAAUUGACCUUAUAACAAAUCUAGAUAUGCAUGCCUUCCAAACACAUGGAGGACUCACAGCCUUCAUCAGGAGAUUAGAGGUUGAAGUAGAUGAAUGUCGGAGGGAGCAACCAUUUGUAAUAUGUUUGCCAGCACCUUUAGCAGAGAGUGAAAGUGCCAGUGCUCCAGUUGAGGCAGACCAGGCAGCAGCUGUUGCUGUGGAAGAACCAGAAGGCACGACAGAAUCUACAGAAGUGCCUGACACUGCUACACAUUCACCCAUGGACACAACUCCUGCUCCUGUUUCUGAUACCUCUAAUGAAUUAGAAAUUACCCUCAGUCAGUCGUCUUUCAACACUACUCGGCCCAGCACUUCGGCAGCAAUGGAGGUUCCAAAUUCUUCAUCGCAGCCAGACUAUAGUGAAGCAAAGACUGGUUUAUCCUGCUUACCACAAAGAGCUGCUCUUGUGAAGUCAAUGCUCAACUUUUUAAAGAAAGCUAUCCAAGAGCCUGGUUUUAGUGAAAGCAUGCGUCACUUAAUGGAAGGAUCCCUCCCUUCAUCCCUUAAGCAUAUAAUCAGUAAUGCUGAAUAUUAUGGCGCUUCACUAUUUUUGCUAGCAACAGAUGUAGUCACUGUGUAUGUGUUUGGAGAGCCGUCCUUGUUGUCAUCACUUCAAGAUAAUGGACUAACUGAUGUUGUGCUCCAUGCACUCUUGGUGAAAGAUGUACCAGCCACCAGAGAAGUGUUAGGUUCUCUCCCAAAUGUCUUCAGUGCACUGUGCCUCAACUCACGGGGUCUUGCUGCUUUUGUGGCUUGUAAGCCAUUUGAGCGACUCUUCAAGGUGCUUCUCUCCCCCGACUAUUUACCGGCAAUGAGACGGCGUCGUUCCUCAGACCCCAUGGGAGAUACAGCAUCCAACUUGGGCAAUGCGAUGGACGAAUUAAUGAGACACCAACCAAGUCUCAAGGCCCAGGCCAUGAAGGCUAUAGUCAAGUUACUGGAAGAGGUCUGCCUUUUGGGUAGUGACACUCAUUAUAUCUGCUGGAAGACACCACCCAAGCAUGAAGCAUCACCUGCUCCAGUAUCUAGAACAAAUGACAAUUCAAGUGACGAGGAGGAAGAAGAGGAAGAAGAAAGAGAUGCAGGUGUUACUGGACCGUCUGUUUCUGCAGGACAGCGAGAAGACGUUCCCCCUACAGACACUACACCAGGCGAAAAGCGGCCUGUACCGUUGGUUGACUAUGUACUUAAUGUCAUGAAGUUUGUUGAUGCCAUCCUCAGCAACAACUCAACUGAUGACCAUUGCAAGGAAUUUGUCUCCCAGAAAGGCCUCGUUCCUUUAUUGGGCAUUUUGGGAUUGCCAAAUCUUCCAAUAGACUUCCCAGUUUCUCAGGCUUGCCAGUCAGUUGCAUCUGUCUGCAAAUCCAUAUUGAAUCUUGCCCAUGAAAGUGGAGUUCUCCAGAGAGGACUUCAGUGCCUGAAUGAGAAAUUAGAAGCCCUGGCUCCAUUACAUCAACCUUUACCCUCCCCAGGAGGAUCUGUUUUAUUGCGUGAAUUAGCUUCUGCGCCAACUCCUGGAGAGGCCACAGCAUCUCCACAAGCCACACCUCUUUUACAUACCUUGAGUGCUGUCCACGCAUACAUUAUGAUGCUAGUCCAUGUAUGCCGCACAGGACAAACAGAGAUAAGGCAGGUGUCUAUCAAUCAGUGGGGAACAGACUUGGGAUUGAGAGUGCUGGCAGGUCUCACACAGCUGUAUACUUCCCUGGUGUGGGAGAGUACAGUCUUAUUGGCACUGUGUUCAGAUGAUGCUCUACCUGCCGGUUGUCUCUUUGGCAAGGAAGAUACUGACAAACUUCUUCCUACAGACCUGAAAUGUGAGGAUGGAAGCCGAAGUGAAGCCGUUGCAAUGGAAGUGACAGAAACGGACGUUAUGGCACCAGCAGGAGGCAGCACACCGACAGCUGAUGACACUAGCACUGAAAGCCCGACACGACAACAGUCAGCAGCAACGCAACACCAGAUGAAGCUCAUUAAACCACUCUUGUCAUCAGCUUCUAGAUUAGGGAAGGCUUUAGCUGAACUCUUUGGCUUGUUGGUUAAGCUGUGUGUGGGGUCACCACUAAGACAGCGAAGAGGUCAACAAGUGGCAACUCCAAUCACUCCACCAUCUGCAUCAGCAAGGGCAGUGGCAUCUGCUUUGGCACAACUCCUUAAUGCAGGACUCUCAUGGACCCCUCCACCAUCUUCUCCUGUACCCAAGUUUCGUCUUACUUUCCUAAUCUGCUCUGUUAGGUUUACCAAUCCCAUGCUUUUUGAUGAUAAAAAGAUGCCCUACCAUCUGAUGCUCCAGUACUUUGUGUCUUCCCAAGGUCUUGAAGCUUUCUUUGACACAUUCGAGUGGGCCAUCACCGCAGGGGGUACUGUGCAAGGGCAAGAUGGAUUAGAUUCUGGGGAAUUACCAGAAGGUACUGGAGAAUUCUUGGACACAUGGCUAUUCUUGUUGGAGCGAUUAGUCAACCCUCGCACUAUGUUGGACUCCCCCAACUCUCUUCCUGCCAAGUCCUCACAACCUGGGUACCAGCCAUUCAGCCCCCUUAAAUUUUUAAUUCAUAUACAGAAGGUUGCAUUUGAUGCUGUCAUGAAACUGUGGAACAAGAAGCCACUGAAGUCUUAUGGCGUUCGCAUAUCUGAAUCUGUUUUGGUCAUCCUUUGCUCCAUCGUCAAGGGUGAAGCAAUCAUACUUGAACGUUUAGCUAAGGAGAAAGAGAGCACAUCUACUACUGCAGUUACAACAACCACCACCACCACCACCACCACUACUGCCAAUACAAACACUAGCAGUACCACAACCACCACCACUACUACAACUACUGCUACCACUGCCACACCAUCAGCUGUACCAGCUUCAACUCCAGCCCCUGCAGAGACCACCAGUCAACCCCCUUCAGCUGAUGUGGAGGUGAACCAGCAGCACCUGCAGUCACUGAUGGACAUGGGUUUUGCAAGGGAACGUUGUAUGGAAGCUAUUACACAGACCCACACACUUCAACAGGCCACAGAGUUCUUACUAAUGAACCCACUCAUGGACCAAGUUGCUGGUGUCGGAGGAAGUGGAGACAUGGAACUCACCGAGGAGGACCAGAUGCUGCAGGCUAUUGCCAUGUCCCUGGGAGAGAACGUACAGGUGUCUGGCACCAGUAGUAGUGGACAGCAACUCAGUGUAGUCACCAAGCCCCCACCUGUACCUCAGAAAGAAAUGGAUGAUGAGCCCCUCAGUAAGGAGACUCUCAAUAAAUUCACAGAACGUGUAUUGGAGGGAUGUUUAAGUCAGCUAGACGUUCAGCCACAGAUGGUGUACAAGGUAUGCGAACUACUCACUACAUGUGCAACACGCAAUGGUACUACAUGGAGAGACAGCAUGCUGACCACACUCAUAAACCAGAUUAGUACUCAAGCUUCACAGUUACUUUUAACACGCACACUCUCGACACAGGAGACUGUAGAACUCUUGUGCUCAUCCGUCCUGGCAGCGAAAUUUGCAGUCAGAUUACACCUUGUAACUCUGCUGUUUGAGGAAAUGAAAAGUGGUUGUGCCAAAGCCAUGGAGCAAGCUGGAUUGGUGGACAUCCUUACAGAUUUAUUUACCUUAACACAUGCUGCUAUGGCUUCCAUCCCACCUGCCACCACCCCUACAUCAGUAUCUUCAGCACCAACACCUCCAUCAGCUGGUGCAUCUAUACCCUCAACCUCUCAGACAAAAGAAAAGGACAAAGAAUCGGGGGAUAGCUCAGGAACACCCAAAUGGAUCUCCCCAGGCCUUCUGCUACUUGAUCUCUAUGAAAAGUUGGCUAUUGCUACAAAGAGAAGAGCUGCUGUUAGCAAGAUAUGUAACCACGUGUGGAAAUGGUUUGACAUGAGCACACUCAAAUGGUGUGCUUACUCGGCCAGCAACAAUAAGACCAUCGAUGAUGCUUACUGGGCAGGCGAGGCCAGCAUCAGGAUCAUUAAUGGACGCCGGAAAUACACCAUCCAGUUCCAUUCAAUGGUUCAGGUUAAUGAGGAAUCCGGUAAUCGUCGUCCUGUUAUGAUCACAGUCAAAGAUAAAGCAAUUGCUGAAGAGAAGAAAAAAUUGCCCAGCAUCAUGCCUCAAGACGAGUCCACCCCAACCACAGAAGAGGAAGGUUCAACAGCCAGCAAACUGGUUGUUGCUUCUGAGGAGGAAAAAACUGAAAUUAGUGGGGCUGAGGAAGAAGCAGGCGCUUUAGAGACUGCUCCGGCCUCAGGAACAGAUGUGCUGGCUGAUGCUGUGACUAUUGCAACUGGUGGAGAUGAAAAGAUGGAAUGUGAAGAUGGUGAAGGUGAGGAUACCACCACUGUGGCUCCUGAUCUUAACACCACAGAAGUGAUGUCAAUUGAAGGACUCACAGAAACUCAUCAUGAAGCUAUGAUCAGAGCUUGUGUGGGCUUCAUGAAGUUGGGAGUAGAACCAGACACACUUCAUGCUCUGAUGCGUCUGUGCCUGAGAAUUACUCGGGUGUGGGAACAAGCAUGUCUUUUCGCCAGCCUGGGUGGAGUGCGGACCUUACUGUCCCUUACAGAGUCAUCAGGAUUCUGGGGUUACCAGAAUCUAGCAGCAUUGCUGAUGAGACACGUACUGGAGGAACCCACAACUUUAAGAUACACCAUGGAGAAGGUGGUAAGAUCAUCAGCAAGCAACAACACUAUGUCAGGGGCUAAGGAACUGCACUAUCUGUUACGAUUGCUGGCUCCUGCUGCUUGCAGGGAUCCUCAGCUUUUCACAGAGAUUACUCAACAAUGCCUUAGAAUAGACCUAAACAUGACUCUUAAAAGAAAUCUCAUGUCAGCAAAUAGUGAAGACAGUAUUUUGAUGAAAAGUGUUGGUAUGAAGAGUGUCAUAAGUAAUGCUGGAGGCAGCACUAGUGGUGCCAGUACUACUGGGAGCUCUGCUGUUACCACCAGCAUGACCCUUAGCUUGGAGCCUCAACAGUUGAUUCAUGAUCUCCUUGAAGCCCUAACAUCAUUGAAAGAAGAUUCCGACUUUGUUCUUGCAUCUUCUCUCCUUCCAAACACCACUGUGGCUGGUAGUGUGGUGACCAACACCACCCCAAUAGAAGAAAGAACUGCAGCCACCACUACCAGUGUCCGAAGACAACUGCACCUCUCUCGCUCCUCCUCAGCCAAUGAUAUGGUUGUUCAGGAAGCCGAUGAGCAAAGUCCAAUGGAGAGUGAUGCAAGUAAGUUGCCUGGCACCGAUAGUAAAGCCAUCUCCAGUGACAAGGCUGAUGAUGCUGCUAAAAAAAGGAAGCCUCUUUUAUUCAAGUCACUUAUAUGCAAACUCUUAGCAGAAUUUGUGCGGUCUUAUGCUGGAUGUGCUAAGCUAGUCACUGAACACCAUUACUCAGCUGGGACCAAUGAGAAGAUCACUGAGGACUGCUCAGCUUUGGCCUACAUGCUGGACCACCUUAUUUGCAACAGCCCAGUAUACGAUAAGGAUACCGCUGGCAAUGUACGUGUGCUCAUAGCUGCCCUCGCAUCCUGCAACCAUGCCCCAGAAGCUCAAACAAUCCUAGUGGCAGAGGUUAAAGCAGCUCUGGGUCGUGCCACAGUAUUACCAGAGAGCAUGGAGAAACACGGACGGAUCCAGGCGCUUGUGGGGCUGAUAGGUACCAUGAUGGAAGCGUGUCCUGCACAGUUAAAUCAGCCUCCUAAUUUGUGUUUCAAGCAACAGCAACAUGGGAUGAACAACAUGAUACGUGUAAUGGUACGCAAAGGCCUGGUGACAGACCUUGCACGUAUUCCUCACAGCCUUGACCUCUCGUCUCCCAAUAUGGCUGUUACGAUCAAUGCUGCUCUCAAGGCUCUAGAACUCGUGGCUCGCCUGGUCAACUUGCCAUCAAUUGUACCAACAUCAUCAUCCAAGAAAAAGAAUACGCAGCAUGAUGACUCACAGCAACCAAUAGGAACAGAGACGACAAACAGUGAAGCAACUCGAGCACAAGGUGAUGAUAACAUUGAAGACACAGAGAAUACUGAACAUGACAUAUCUGGUGCUGGAGAGAGUCUGGAGCCAACUUCUGAUGCACACCCCAAUGACGAUGGCACUUUGGUUGAAGGUGAUGAGGCUGGACUAGAAGAGAUACUGGAUCAUCUUCUAGAAGAUGGUGGCGGUGGGGGAGGUCGAGCACAGCCCCACCGUGACUCUGUCACAGCCACUGUCACAUAUGUCAUUGACCGUGAUGCUCCCAUGGAUACCGAUGACACACUCCAUGACUCCCGUAUGGUGUCACACAGUGAGAGCCAGUUCCUGGAUGAAGGAGAAGAUGGAGGAAAUGAAGAACAGGAAGAUUCGUCAUCAGAAUCAUCUGAAGAAAGAGAAGAGGAUGAGGCAGAUGAUGAAGAUAAUGAUGAAGAAGUAGAAGAGGAGGAGGAGGAAGAAGAAGAUGGGGCUGAUGAUGAUGAUGAAGAUGAGGAGGAAGAGGAGGAAGGUUCUGUAUUUGAUGAGGGUUACGAAGACCUGGAGGAAGCCUUCAUUCGCCUUCCAGGUGACCGCGACUCGGACGACAUCCUUCUCCUGCCGUCGUACCAACAAUACAUAGACACCAUAGAUACCAUCAUUUUCGGAGACCGGGUAGAUCGGGUCUCCCUCCAUCAUCACAGCAACUCCCACGAAGGUCCAACAUUUUUGGCGUCGACACCUAAUGCUAAUCCAGGUGGGAGCAAUGCCAUCCCCACUCAUCCAUUAUUCCAGAACCCUCGUGAGGUUCCUACUGCAGCCAGUGCUCGCCUCAACAGCAGGCCCAGUCGUCAACGCGGGGUGCUCAGGUACCAUACUGUCACCCCACGCACCCACACCACCACCACCACCAUACUCCAGAGGCUUCUGGGACCCAGUCAUCGUGAUGUCCUCCAACUCACAUCUAAUAUACGAGAAGCUUCCCAGGUAUUGUUCACCAACCCUGAUGUGCGCUUAAUGCCUCCUGAUCCAGAUGAAUUUAUUGAAAUGCAGGAUCAUGGAGGAACGGUGAUGAACAAUGGUGGGUCAUCUGCUUCCCUCGCCAAUGUUCCAAAUGCUCUCUCUCGUUGGACUGAAGAAACACGGGUUCUUGAAGCAGACUCCAUGCACGAUGCCGUCACAGUGGUGAAGCCAGCACUAAUGGCAGUUUUAGAGAAAUACAGAGAUGCUGAACAAUCUGAACGAGACAAGAAAAAGAAAGAACAGGAAACUAACAAGGCACCACCUACCUCGGCAGAAAGUUCCCAAGCUGAUGCGAAGAUGGAAGAAUCUCCUGACAGCAACCAGACAACUGCUAGACAAGAAACACCAAACACUGAAUCUGCUGGCCAAGAUGCUGCAAUAAUGAGUACAGCAUCUAUUGCUGAAUCCAUUGUGGAAUCUGUCUUGGCAUCUUCCUCUAGACCUCAGUCAACCACAACACCCAGUUUUUCAGGCCUUCUAACCCUACUGUCUCCUGUGUCAUCCAGUGCCCCCACACUAGCACUUCAAGAACCUCCAGUAUCCUCCGUCCCAGCUAUUGGUGGAGCCUUAGCAGGAGUACCCUCAGCUCCAACAACCCCUCAGACCACCUCUGUUAGCAGUUUACCUCCAUUCCCCUCCCCCACAACUUCUACCCCAACUGCAACAUCACUCUUAGCCCCAGUUAAUACUUCUGCUAUAGAUACAAAUGUGACGACCUCCACCCUCUCUGUCACAGAUGCAGAAAUGGUAGCAGCUUCUCCCUUGCCUACAGUCGGUUCCCAUACUAUAUCAAGUGAUGUUGUUGAAAGUUUGGUUACUCAAGAAGAAACUCCUAUGUCUGUAAGUCCCCCAGAGUAUCCCAGUCAAUCACCAGAGUUGGUAGCAUCAUCUGGAGACAACCUUACAGCCCCACCAUUACCAGGAAUUCCUCCAAGAGAAGCGUGGGAGGAUCCAAGCAUGGCAAUGCAACAGGAUUCACAAGAUCAAUCGGGAGAUCAACCAAUGGCUGCUGCACUUCCAGUAUUAGUUAUGCCUUCAAAUUUAAGGAGAGAGAGUCAAGACACAGCCCAGCAAGAUUUGGGAACUAGACGAGAGAACAGUGAGGCUGGACCAUCUAGUUCUUCUGGCACCCGACCUGAUUAUACAGCAAUUCUUGGGGACAUAGAGAUACCUGAGGGUGUUGACCCCAGCUUCCUUGCGGCCUUACCAGAAGAUAUGAGACAAGAAGUAAUAGUUGAACAGUUGAGGCUGCAACGAGUAAGACAACGGGCAACAGAGAACACGAGAGAAAGCAAUAGUGCCAGUGUAGGUGAAGUGAGCCCAGAGUUUCUUGCUGCGCUCCCACCAAAUAUCCAGGAAGAGGUUCUUACACAGCAGCGCCUUGAACAGCAACGACAGCAAGCAGCACGUGCCAACCCUGAUGACCCCAUGGACCCAGUUUCUUUUUUGCAGACACUUCCACCAUCUUUGAGACAAACUAUUUUGGCGGAUUUGGAAGAUUCACAGUUUGCAGCGCUACCCCCAGAACUAGCUCAAGAAGCUCAGACUCUUCGGCGACAGCGUGAGGAGCGCAGUAGACACGUACAUGAACACAUGUUCAAUCGAUCUGGCACAUCCCUUUCAUCUAUUUUACGCAACACAGCACGAAUUGGUUCUCGCCUCAUGCACUCAUCAAGCUGGUCUACCAGCUGGAAUCUACGAACCUCAUCUAGCAGCCAACAAGUAACAACGACGAGCAGUAAGCCACGGGGCCGCCAACUAUUGGAUCAUGAAGCCAUGACCUGCCUUUUAGUUCUUCUUUUUGUGGAUGAACCCAAGCUCAACACAGGUCGUCUACAUCGUGUACUCCGUUACUUGUGUCACCAUACACCUACGAGAGAUUGGGUUAUCAAGGCACUUUUAUCAAUCUUAGAACGCUGUAGUGACCCGAAUCAGCAUGGUAGUACUCGUUUAGGAGGCGGUAGUAGUGAAUUACCAGGCUUGACUCCAGUCACACCAGACCCAAUGAGUAAAGGACUUGGUAAAAAAAUGAAUAUUGGUGGUAGAGCAGAGUCAACACCUGUGGCAUCAACUCCAGUUUGGCGUAGUGAAUCUCGUUCCCCAGCCGCACCAUCAUGGCUCAGUAUGAGUAUGGAUGCUGCUCUUGGGUGUCGAGCAAGUAUCUUCCAGAUCCAGCGAACACAACAAACUGGGAAGCGUACGUCAGCAGCAGCAUUGACUACUGCUGUUAGUAUUCACCCCCAAGCUGCUCCAUUAGUUUGCAGACAUGCUCUCGACACCUUGAUCUCAUUGGCCAAGAGUUUUCCGAGCCAUUUCUUACCCCAUCAAGGCAAAGAAUCAGACGAUAGUAAAAGUGAAGUGAAAAAAUCAGGGAGUGGAACAACCACAGGUGCUAUCAGCAAAAACUCUAAGGGAUCAUCAUCAGGUCAGAGUAGUGAAUCCACAGACUUUUGGGAGUUACUUGUGAAACUAGACUCAAUUAGUGUGUCACGCAAGGGAAAGGGAUUACCAAGAACACACUCCAGUGCAGGUGGAGGGAGUGAAGAAGAGCAACGUGUCACUAGUCUUGAAGUAUCAGCACUGGGCCAACUCAUACAACAGUUGGCUCAUCCAGUUGUGCGCCGGUCUUCGCUUCUUACAGAUCGACUCCUUCGACUUUUGGCCCUGAUAUCUCUGGGUCUGCCUGAUACUGCUGACACGGCUACCACGCAGAAUUCCAACACCUCACAGCACUCCGCUGAAAAUUCUCAAACUCUAGAACAUCUUCUUAAAUUAGCAAUUCAGGUGUUAACAAGCAAAUCGUGCUCUGAAGAGGGUCUGGAAGAUGCAACGGCCCUUCUGCUGCACCUCUCCCAUGGGCCUCCUCCGGCCAGGGAUCAGGUGUUAAGGCUUUUACUUCAGGGUGCAGCUACAUUGGGCUCUACUGUUGCCACUCACAUUGCAGCUCUCUUAAAUGACCUUCAAGCAUAUAAUGCCUCUCACCCACCUGUGUCCAUUAGUGAUGAUGAACACCAACCUCACAUGACAGAGAAGACCAAAAAGGGUUUAUUACAGGAUAGGUUCACCAAUGAAUGUGUCAUCAUAAGUGGAGCAACAAAAGUGAAGCCUCCUUGUGAACUCCAGUUAGCCUCCAUGUCAGCACUUACCAGCAAAACAUCCUCACAGGCAUUCUUCCUUCGUACCCUCAAAGUCAUCAUACAGCUGAGAGAUGCCAUCAGAUUGUCACGUACAAGAAAGAGUGGUACUCAGCCAAAUAAUACCAAUACUGAAAGACAAACUGGUGACAAUCAGCAAGAAAAUACAGGCAACCAAGAGCAGCUAGGUACAGCAGAUGGUCAGACACCUCCUGAUGCUGAUGCUGCUGCUACUCAGCAACAGAGUGACACCGGUGCUGACCAAGGACAACCUGAAACUGGCAGCAGCCAGGAGCCAGUCAGUCUAGAAGCCAACCAGGAAGAACAGGACAGUGGUCAGCAGCAAGUACAACAAGAACAGAGUGAGAGAGAUUUUGUUCCGGUAGUAUUAAUAGAUGUAUCCAAUCCUGAGGCAGAUAAUGCUGCUAAUGCGUCUGUGCCUCGGCAAGAAAUCACCCAACCCACUGCUGAGGCAAUGGAUGUUGACACUGAAAUAAUAGAAACCACUGAGUUGGGUAGUUUAAGUGCCCAGUUAAAUCUAGAUGAAUUGUGGUCAACAUUGUCACAGUGCCUGAUAGAACUGGGUGAGACCCAGGACACCCAUGCUGUACUGGUGUUACAACCAGCAGUAGAAGCCUUCUUCUUGGUCCAUGCUUCAGCUGCUUCAGGAGACCGCAAAGAGCGUUCCACCACUCAAGCAGAGUCCCGUGAAGCCCAGUUAGCUCACUUGCAUCAUGAGAUUGCACCUCUCUCUCCUCUUCCCUCAGUACCAAUUGAUGAUGGAGAAGGGAAUGUUACUCAGUCUGGUGCAAGGAAACGAGAAAAUUCAGUCUCUCAAGUAUCAGAAUUCAGCCCUGGUGAUACUGAGAAGUUCCUAAAGUUUGCAGAGACACACCGCACAGUUCUGAAUCAGAUUUUGCGCCAGUCCACUGUUCACCUUGCAGAUGGUCCAUUCAGUGUUCUAGUUGAUCACACACGUCUUCUAGACUUUGAUAUCAAGCGCAAGUACUUUAGAACUGAAUUAGAACGUGCAGAUGAUGGUAUGCGCCGGGAAGAUUUAGCAGUACAUGUCCGUAGGGAACAUGUCUUUGAAGACUCGUUUAGAGAACUUCACAGGCGGUCCCCUGAUGAGUGGAAGAAUAGAUUCUAUAUAGUAUUUGAAGGUGAAGAAGGACAGGACGCUGGUGGUCUUCUUCGAGAGUGGUACAUGAUAAUUUCUAGAGAGAUAUUUAAUCCUAUGUACGCACUGUUCUGUACUUCACCUGGCGACAGAGUGACCUACAUGAUCAAUCCAGCAUCUCAUUGCAACUCCAACCAUCUCUCUUACUUCAAGUUUGUUGGAAGAGUAAUUGCUAAGGCAAUAUAUGACAACAAGUUACUAGAGUGCUACUUCACCCGAUCAUUCUACAAGCACAUUCUUGGCAAGAUGGUCCGUGUGGUAGACAUGGAAAGUGAGGAUUACUCAUUUUAUCAGGGACUUAUCUAUCUACUGGAACAUAACGUUGCUGACUUGGGAUAUGAGCUCACAUUUAGCACAGAGGUACAAGAAUUCGGUGUAACAGAGGUAAGAGAUCUCAAGCCAAAUGGACGGAACAUAGCUGUUACAGAGGAAUCCAAAAUGGAAUACAUUCGUCUUGUAUGUCAGAUGAAAAUGACAGGAGCCAUUAGACAACAGUUGAAUGCCUUCCUGGAGGGUUUCUAUGACAUCAUUCCAAAGCGCCUCAUAUCCAUUUUUAAUGAACAAGAAUUGGAGCUGUUAAUAUCGGGUCUCCCCACAAUUGACAUAGAUGACCUUCGAACUAAUACGGAAUACCACAAGUAUCAACCCAACUCCUUGCAGAUUCAGUGGUUCUGGCGUGCCUUGAGGUCAUUUGAUCAAGCAGAGCGUGCCAAGUUCCUACAGUUUGUGACUGGCACAAGUAAAGUUCCACUACAAGGAUUUGUGGCAUUGGAAGGCAUGAAUGGUACACAAAAGUUCCAGAUUCAUCGUGAUGACAGAUCUACUGAUAGAUUACCUUCAGCUCACACCUGUUUCAACCAGCUGGACCUACCUGUCUACGAAACCUACGAUAAGCUACGCCACUAUUUACUGAAGGCCAUUCAUGAAUGUUCUGAGGGUUUUGGCUUUGCAUAGAAAAUUUUCACCAUGUCCCACAACCCCAGCCAGUGAUUUUUAGUGAAAUAAAAAGAAAAAAAAAGAAAAAAAAGAUUGCUACAGCAUCUGCACAGUGGGAGCUCUGGUUCAUAUUUACAAGUGUAGUCUUAAAAAAAAUUAAAUAAAAAUAGCAACAGGCACAAGUACAACAGUGAUUAAUCUUACCGAUGUAAGGGCAUGUUCAUCAUAAGACAGUGUAAUACCUUCACUUAUGCUUCAGUGAUUGUGGUUGGAGUGUAGCACGAGUUUGCAAGAGGAAUAAUUAUUACAUGAUCAUAUCCCCAACCAGGAGGAAGUUCCCAGUGUUUAUACAUUGCUCCCAAAACAAUAUUGGUUGGAGCUUUAUAUGAUCUUUGUUAUUAAAUAAUACCAAGCUACAGUGCUUGAUAUGUUUAUAGCUUAGCAUAGUGUAUAUUAUAUUGAAAUAUACAUACUAUAGUUGAAAAUUUUUCUUAACUUUUAAUUUUGUAUUUUGUCUCCUUUGAAUGGAUAUUUCAGCAUAUAGUGUGUGCACAGAUAUUAAUGAGAGAGAUAUUUUGAGCAGCUUUGGAUAUUUUAUAAGCAAACAUUGAACCUUCCAGCAAUUCCUGAAAAUGUGAUAGAUAUUACAGAAUUUCUUUGCCCAAUUUAUGAUGCACCCUUACUUACCUUUCCUCUUUUAGUAAUGUGAUCCCACUAACCUUCCUUAUCCCACACUUUCAAUAAGUCAUUGGUUCCUUAGCCAAAAAUGGGAAAAUACAUGAAACUCAAAUUUUUAGCCAGUUGCCAACCCAUGCCUAGCUUGCCAUCUAUUACUGCUGAUGUUUUGAUUUCUUGUAUUUCUCCCCAUAGUCCAUCUUCAGGCUACAGUGAACACUGGAAAAAUAAGGCCCACAUUAUUUUAAUUUUGAAAGAAGCCCUAAAGAAAACAGUUAUUAGGGACCUAAUGAAAUGGAUGUCUCAGAAGUGUGAACAAAAGAAAACUGAAUUAAUUUGUUUCAAGAUUAAAUGGUGGUGAUCCUUUUCUAAACAUUUUGUUCCAAAUCACUGGUGUGUGACCUCAUUAAAGACAUAUAUAAAUAUAUAUAAAUAUAUAUAUAUAUACCUUCCACUAGUAUUAUCACUGUGCUGUAUAUUCUGGCCUCACUACUGCUGUACAUAUAAUUAAAAAAUACACUGGUAUAUCUAAUGUGAUAAAUUUACAUUAAGGGCUGUCUAAUAUUGCUACAAAGUGUUGACCAUUAUUGUAGAGAUCAUAGUUGGACAAGUGAAGAACUUCUGAAGGUGUUGGCAGGUUUCCAUGAAACUUGGAAUGGGCUUCUGAAAUUUUAUCUUCAAUUAGUUUCAUAGUGAAAGCUUCACUUUUAUUUUAAACUUUUUAUUUUUGGCAGCCACACAAUACAAGCAUGUUUAUUGCUAUUGAGAUCAUAAAACCUGGCAGCCAGCUAUUGUCAAACUCUGUAUUGCAAAGGAAAUUAAUAUUUAUAGUACGUAUACAUUGUGAGUGAAGUAACACGGUGGAUGUUGUAUUGUGUGAAGGUCGAGUGUUGGCAUUUUCUGGUGUUAGUGAAGUGUUUUUGGCCAGGGCUCGAAAGAAAGGCAUGUAAAGUAUGUUAUAUUAAAUGUUUACAAAUAGCUAGUAAUCCUUCUAUCUGCUAGGUAUUUUUUCAAUUGUGAAAUAUCAUUUAUAACUUUUUUCUGUUAUGAUGGGUUAAUAUUUUUUUUAUUUCAAACAUGUGUAGUCACUGAGUUAUGAGUUUGUUACUUUGUCACAGUUUGCCCAAAUGUUACAUAGUGUAUUUUAUCACAUAUGCAACAACCGUUCUUCUACUUUACCAUGUUGGCAUUAAAAUACACAGUAUUA